UUGGAACGAGCGCUUGUGGUGUUGUUAUCAUGUCGGCUAGCUGAUAGUGGAGUAAAAGCGGUAAUCUGUAUCUGUAAAGAAUUACUCCAUGACAUGCUGACAUGGUGCGGUUGUAGAAGGAUCAACUACUGUACAGAAUGUCCGUAAAUAAAGCUGCGCCAUGUCUACACAGGCUGUUUGUCCUACACCUGGCACCCUUGAGGAUAAAGCCCUUCUUUGUCGGUCCGGUCCUCCCCCUAAGCAAACAACUACACUGUUGUUUAAAUCAACUCCAGUGUAAAAGCAUGGAUCCACCUGCUCCAUUGUCUCCAGCCACCUUAACACAAAGACAUUCGGAGGCUGCUGAACCUGGACAAAGGAGUUCAGAAGCUGCAGAUCAAGGUCCUCCAUUACCUCCCACCUGCUGUUGCAUGAGUGGUUGCCAUAACUGUGUGUGGAUUGAGUAUGCUACAGAACUGCUAAAAUACUACACUGAUGGUGGAGAGAAAGCCCUGGCUGCCUUGGAGGACAACGUUCAGGAUGAGAACCUCAAGACUUAUCUUAAAAUGGAGAUCAGGUUACUGAAAAAGACAUGAUUGUUAUGCUAUUUAUCUACUGCAAGACAUUGUGUUUCAUUACAGCUGUCAGGGUUUGAAGAUGAGUAGUAUAGAUCUGGUCUCAAAACUAUACACUGUUUGUUUUUCUGAAUGUGUGACUCCUGACUUUGUAUUCCAAAUGUGUUGUGCAGCAGCAUGCAGAACGAGUAAAUCAGUGUUUCACAGCUUAAUGUGAAUACUCCGUUUUCGGGAAAAAAUGCAAUAAAAUCAAGAAU